UCUUGUUAUAUAUAACGAACAUUACCUAACCUAAUCGUACAUGAGAGAGUUUCUGGAUCCUAUCCAUCCAUGGCUUCCAUCUCCUCCAUCAAAACCCUAAAGUCAACCUCUUUACUUCUCUCUCUCCUACUCCUCCAGCUGUCCCUGAUCAAAGGGCAUGGUGAUAGCAGCGGUACAGACAACGUAGAUUUGCACUCGAAGCACUUGAUUCUGGUGAAAGUAUGGUGUUUGAUAAUUCUCCUAGUGAGCACUUUUUCAGCCGGCGUCUCCCCUUACUUCUGCCGGUGGAACGAGAGCUUUCUUCUUCUGGGUACGCAGUUUGCCGGCGGGGUUUUCUUGGGGACCUCUCUGAUGCAUUUCUUGAGCGAUUCUGCGGGCAAGUUUGCCGACCUGACGACUAAAACAUACCCUUUUGCAUUCAUGCUUGCGUCGUCGGGUUAUCUUCUGACAAUGCUUGGGGAUUGCGUAGUGGCUUUUGUUAUAAAUCGUGGCAGAGGAGAAGCUAGAGUUCUCGUUGUGGAGGAAGGAAGAACACCCGAAGAGCAACCUAAAGAGGUGCAUAUGGAUCUCAGCUCAUCCUUCAUGAGGACAACGAAUUUUGGAGACACCAUGCUACUCAUCCUCGCCCUUUGUUUUCAUUCCAUAUUCGAGGGUAUUGCCGUGGGAGUUGCAGCUACUGAAGGUGAUGCAUGGAAGAACCUGUGGACAAUAUCGUUGCACAAACUCUUCGCAGCCAUUGCAAUGGGAAUAGCACUGCUCAAGAUGCUGCCAAAGAGGCCAUUUCUGAUAACAGCAGCUUAUUCUUUUGCGUUUGCUAUAUCUAGCCCCAUUGGAGUAGGAAUAGGCAUUGCUAUUGAUGCCACGACUCAAGGAGCAGCAGCUGAUUGGCUCUUUGCUAUCUCAAUGGGCAUUGCUUGCGGGGUUUUCGUCUAUGUUGCCAUCAACCAUCUCAUCGCUAAAGGCUUCAAACCGCAGUCUGAAUGUUAUUUUGACGGUCCCUUCUUCAAAUUUCUUGCUGUGCUUCUUGGAGUGGGUGUUAUAGCGGUUGUUAUGAUCUGGGACACGUAACUAUAUUGAGUUUUCUUGGUGAUGAUGGUGUAUAAUUUAUGAUAUGUUAUGUAAUUUCUUUGGCCUGUUGGCUGCCAUUUUCCUGCAUGUGUGCUCUCAGUCCAAGUCUGAGAAAGUCUGAUUUCCUUUGGGUUAUUCUCCGGCCGGUGUUCUAUACAUAUAUAUAUAUGUUGGUUCUAACGCAUUGUUAAUAAGAUUUUGUGUGCUACCUUCUCAAUUGAACAGCUUACAAUUAAUAGCAUUAACCAGAAAGUAUGAUUUCCUU